CCUCUUCCCCGCCGGGCUCGGGUGCCCACCCUUCGGCGCCGCUAGGACCAGUGCCCGGGUCGUGCCAGCAUCCCCGCCCCCUCCCUGGCAAGGAAAGGCCUUGGCAAUAGUGACGGCGGAGCGAGACCUGCUCGACCGGCCCUAGCCGCAAGAAACAGGCCGGGUGCACAGGGAGGGCCUGGGCUGCCUGCUUCAAGCGCGCGCGGAGGACGAGGCAGGUUCAGCCCUCAGCUUCCCGGGACCUCGCCGUCGCCGUCGCCGUUGCUGUCGUUUUCGCUCAAGGUUACAGUGCUCUAGCAGAUUGUGCGAAGACCCCGGCUUCCCAUCACCCUCUCAGGAGCUGUGCCCUGUGACCAUGUCGUCCAUUAAGAUUGAGUGUGUUCUGCCCGAGAAGUGCCACUGUGGUGAAUCUCCAGUGUGGGAGGAAUCAUCAGGCUCUCUGCUGUUUGUGGAUAUCCCUGGGAAAAAACUAUGCCGGUGGAAUCCACUCACCAAGGCAGUGCAGCGAAUGACUGUAGAAGCGCCAGUCUCCUCAGUGGCCCUGCGCCAGUCUGGAGGCUAUGUCGCCACCAUUGGAACAAGGUUCUGCACUGUGAACUUACAAGAUCAGUCAGUAGUUACCCUGGCCACAGUGGAUAAAGAUAAGAAAAACAAUCGAUUCAAUGAUGGGAAGGUAGAUCCUGCAGGAAGAUUCUUCGCUGGUACCAUGGCCGAGGAGACGGCCCCAGCAGUGCUUGAGCGGCACCAAGGAUCCCUGUAUGCCCUCUUUCCUGACCACCAGGUGAAAAAGUACUUUGAUCAAGUGGACAUCUCCAAUGGCUUGGAUUGGUCCCUGGACCACAAAAUCUUCUAUUACAUUGACAGCUUGGCCUACUCGGUGGAUGCCUUUGACUACGACCUGCACACAGGAGAGAUCUCCAAUCGCCGGAGCAUUUACAAGCUGGAGAAAGAGGAACAAAUCCCAGAUGGAAUGUGUAUCGAUACUGAAGGGAAGCUUUGGGUGGCCUGUUACAAUGGAGGAAGAGUGAUCCGCUUGGAUCCUGAAACAGGAAAAAGACUCCAAACUGUGAAGUUGCCUGUGGACAAAACAACUUCAUGCUGCUUUGGAGGGAAGGACUACUCCGAACUGUAUGUGACCUGUGCCCGGGAUGGGCUGGACCCCGACAGUCUUGCACGACAACCUGAAGCUGGUGGAAUUUUCAAGAUAACUGGCCUGGGCGUUAAAGGAAUCGCUCCCUAUGCUUAUGCUGGAUAAGUGACAGGUGUUCCUUCGUGCCAGAGGAAGCUUUGGAAACAACAGAAUUCUGGAGCCAAAAUUGCAAUCAGUAAAAUGAAGCAAGAAGAUAAUUAAGGCUAAAUUGUAAUCUCACUUAAUUUUUUAAAAAAGUACAGCCUUUUUAAUAAGCCAUGAUAACACACUUUGAGAUCGUUUGUAAAAAUGCAAAAAAAAAAUUGUUCUAAUGUCCCCAAAGCCUCUUGAUUCUUUAAAAAUUGGCUGAGAGGGUGUGGAGGUGAGGAUUGGGACAACUGUUCUGGCUUCAAA